CGGUAUCAACCGUCCGGCCGCGCGCGGGGACGCCCUGCUGCCCGCGGAGGCCGGUCGCGCGGGCAGCCGUUGCUGCCGUUGUCAGGCAAGCCGGGGCUCCACGGGAGGCGGGAGCCGCCUGCUACCGGGGGCUGGCGGUUGUUGGGACGCGGGGGUGGCCGGGGGGGAUCGCUAUCCCCUGAGGAGCGGGCGGCUCGGUCGCUGCGUGGGAGGUGCCCGGCGGUGUGUACGCCUUUCUGAGGAGGUAGAAGAUGGCUAAGUGCUUGAAAAAGCCCUUCAAAGACAGUCUGAAUGACAUAAAGGAACGAAUGAAAGAGAAAAGAAGUCAGAAAUGGACAAGAUUGGGUAAAAUUAGCCAGAUCUCCACUGUAAAGUGCAAAGUAGCAACCAACAGCUCCAUGCAGAUGAAGAGCCUCCAAGCAAACAAUAGAGCUCUAGCUCAGGCUUUGCAAGAAGAAAAGCUCAAGCUGAAGGAUGCUCAGGAUACCAUUCUUCAUCUAAGGAAAGAGUAUCAAGAUCUGAUGGUUCGGAUGCUUGACUUGCAAAAAAAUCAUAGUUUCCAGCAAGCACAAGAAUUUGUUGAGAAUCAACUUUCAGCCUUGAAUGUGAUAAUUUCAAAAGUUUCUCAGAAUUUACUGGACUCAAUUGAUCUACUUGGCCCAGUAAAGGAUUUGUGUUCAAUACAUGUAAAUGAGAGAGUGCUUUCUUCAGUUCUUGAAAAUAGUUCCAGUGUCGUAGCACAAAUACAUUCAGUAGGACCUCUGCAGUGUGCUGAUGAAAAUGAUAAAAUAGUUUCAAGUUGGAUGGAGGCUGAUAGUGAUAGAAAUGAGCUGGCUCAUGCUGCAUCAGAGACCUGUGAGGAAUCUGACACCGUUACUUCCCUAAUCAAAAUAGUUCCAGACAAAGGGCAAACAUCUGAUUUUCAUCUGGACAACACAGGGUCAGAGCUGGAAAAUGUUUCUUCAAGUGGAGAGGAUGAAUUUGGUAACGCACUACCAAAAGGUGUAUCCACCAGGCGUCACUGUUCAAAGAUGGGAAGUCAUUAUGAACUUUGCACUAGUGUCUUGGACCAUUCAGAAGCACCUGAUUCAACAAGAGAGCUUUCUAGACAGGAUGAAAUUAGACUUAAAGAAAGUCUAGAGAAGUGUACAGUGGAAAACAUAAAUUCAGAUAUUUCUCAGUUGAAUGAAAACAAAGUAAGUUCAGAGCUGGUAUUGAGGCAGAUCAAUUCUGAAACUGCACAGUCCAACUUGGACAAUAAUUCUGAUCUUAAACAACGUGAGUGUAAAAGCAGAGAAGACUCUCAAGUAAGGAAAGAGAAGCAUAAGAAAGGAGAACUGGAAUGGGGUAAAAAUACUUCCAGACAAAGGCUGAAAAAAAGACAGGGUAAAGAGGCAGCCAAAAAAAAGUUUGAUUUCUUGGGUGGCUCCAGUGAUGCUUAUGACUUUCAUUUUGAAGAGAGUGUCCAUGUUACACCUUUUCGACAAAAUAAGGUGAAUGACACAGAUACUAGUAUGGAUAACAGAGAAGACUUAUCUGAAUCUGAUACCACUGAGUCGAGUGAUACUGGAGAAGAUUCAGACGACAGCCUCUAUGAACCUUACAAGAGUAAAUCGAAAAAAAGGAAAAGUUCAGAGGACAAGGAACAUACAUCACCAGUCCAUGCAAGGCCAAGGUCUAAAAGAUGUUUGGCACAGCGUGAACAGAAACUCCAUAAUGAAAGACAGACUGAAAGCAAUAAGUCAAGUGACAAGUCUAUUAGGCAGCCUUCUGAGCCAUCUCGUGUUCAUCUCUGUGAUGUUACCAAUACUGCUUCAUUGCUCCCCAGCACUGGGAAUGCAACUGUUGUCCCAGAAGGUGAGGGACCACGAUCUCCAAAACGCAAGAGAAGCUGUACUCUGGCUGUGAGCUAUAAAGAACCAAGUAUUGCAGGGAAGCUCAGGAGAGGAGAUCCAUUUACAGAUACAAAUUUUCUGAAUUCUCCAAUUUUCAAGCAGAAAAAAGAUGCCAAAUGCCGUUCUGUUAAGAAUCAAUCUCUGUCAAAAUACAAUGAGAAAUUUGUUGGUUGUCGUUGAGAUUUCCAGUCAUGAUGGCAAAACCAUGCUCACUCCAUGAAAAAAGGAAAUCUUUUAUCCAGGAAGUUAUUGUUGCACAAUAUCUUGCACAAGUAUGUAGUUAUUUCUAUGUCUAACAUUAAGGAUAUAAAAUCAAGGGGUUUUAGUUUUAAUCCAGUGACUUGUUUUUAAUGAUAUAGAAGACACAAGACUACUUUAUAACUAAGGUGAUUCCAUUCAGACUCCUUUGGGAAGAGUAUAUCAGAAAUAUCUGAAGGAAAAGAUCGUGAAUGUAAUUUUAUGACUUGUACUCUGCUUCAUCUUAGAGUGGCUGGCAAAGGCAAACUUGAUACACUUAAAGUCAAUUUUUUUAAUAAGCAUGUUUGUAAAUAUCUCGUUUUUGUAAUGGUUGUAGUUUCAUAUUGAAGCUCAUAAUAAACAUCUUAGUGUUCAGAAACA